AACAAAACGACUUAAAAUGAAACAAUCAGAGCCAAACGACGCCCGUUGUAAUUUUCAAUCUCUGUCGUUUUCCCGUGACGCGCCUCUGAAACCCCAAACUAAACCCCAAUAGCAUCGACGAUCACCAUCAUCAACAAUCACAUAAUCAUGCAGCACCAUUCUCCAAGAUUCCUCAUCAAUUUCUCCAAACUAAACCCAAUCAAAUCCCUCCUCUACUUCUCCGACUACAAUCACGGCACCGCUCACCUAAUUCCACCACCGUCACAGCAGCACCGUUUCAUCUCCUCCUCACCGCCGCUCUCGGCAUGGAUGGACUCAAUCAAGGGCGUCUUCACCGGAAAGAAACCAGACUCCACUGACUCCAUAGAAUCAUUCACUCUUAUGCGGUUUGCUGAUGAGUUAAAGAAUGCAACGAGAGUUGGGUCGUUUAAACAAUUUAUAGUAGGUAGAAGCAGUGAAGCUACAUUUGCUGAUGCUUUUGAAAAAAUGGAAGGGAUUAUUAGAUUAUUAAAUGGAUAUGAUCCGACUGGCGAGAACUUACAAGUUAGUCAGAAACAAGAAGCAGCGAAGCGUUGUAAUUGCACAGUUGCGGAAGUUGAAAGAGCACUUGCUCAGUUUACUUGGGCGAAAGAAGCUCAAAGGAAGCUUCAGAAGUUAAAAGAAGAAGGGAAACCUGCUCCAACGAGUAUCGCGGAGGUGCAAAAGCUGAUGGGCUCAACACCAGUAGAUCUUGCUAGAUCUAAUUUGGCCAAGAGUGGGCAGUUAAGCAGAAAUGCGUUCUGUCCAUGUGGUUCCAAGAAGAGAUACAAACGGUGCUGUGGAAAAGACGAGAAUGUAAAGGGGUAAAAUAGAGGAGCGAAACUUAGGAACUAGAGAACCCCUGAAGAGGCAACAGAAAAAAUGUAUGCGGUCUCAAUGCCGAUCUUACUGAGACAUUAAUGAAUUUUUGCAUAGAGAAUUUGGCCGAAAGGCUGUUUUUAAUUUGUAAUUUUUUAUGGUUUUUUCUGUUCCGCCCUUCCUGGCAAGCUUGAGCAUGUAAUUCUCGUAUUCUGGACUUGAUGCCAACUAAAGAAUGUCUGGCAGAGUGGCAGUUACAGAGUUUUCACUUAAUAAUAUGCUGCUUGUGGAGACUACUUCA